AUGACUAGAGAAGACCGUCGACCUCCUGUCGACGGGCUUAAGUCAACGGAAGAAUCAAAUAGACGAAUCAAGAACAAGGAGGGAUCAGCAUUGGUUGUUUCACCGAUUAGAAGCAGGAAAGAUUGUGUUACACCAUUGUUUGGAAAAUCACGAUCAAGCUUGAAACAGAAGGAGUCGGAAGCUUCUUCUUCUGAUUUGAACAUUUAUGUAAACAAAUUUGGAUGUCCAAAUGCAAUCUCUGACCUAUGGCCAGCGAUAAAUGCGAACAUUUCGAAUAAUGUUAAUAAUAAAUAUCAAUCAAAGGAUAAGCUACCUACUAUUCCUUGCUCUAAUUUUUCAAUUAAUCCUGUAUCUCAAUCUGGAAUAGAUGGAGCUGGUUUAAGAGAUUCAGAUGCAAAGAUUUCUGAGAAUGUUUCUAAAGUAAUUUCUGUUAAUGCGUGGAAGAAGACUCAACACAUAAAGAUUAAUCAUGACAUGGAUUCGACUCCUGUUACUGAUGACGGGAUUGCAAUGGUUAUGAAUUCCGAAUUAGAAAAUGUUAAUUCUCAAAUUCUCAGGAAUUCCCUGGUGAUCAAAGUUUUGUGUAAUAAUAUCCCAUUUCCAGUUUGUAGUAGAGAACUAAGGAGACAAUGGGCUAGAGUUGGAAAUUUCCAUCUUAUAACUUUGGGACUUGACUGGAUUCUAUGUUCCUUUUCUAAACCGGAAGUAGUUGAAGAAGUAUUGGAGGGGGGUCCUUGGUUCAUUGGAGGAAAUAUUAUUAGACUAGAUAAAUGGUCCCCCAACUUUUCUCUCGAAUCCCUUAAAGGACUUACAGCUCCUAUAUGGAUUCGAUUGCCAUGUUUACCAUUGCACUGCUGGGAUGAACAGAACAUCUGCCGAAUAGCUUCCAAGAUAGGAACGCCAAUAUAUCUGCCGAAUAGCUUCCAAGAUAGGAACGCCAAUAUAUCUAGAUGGGAAUUCUUUUAA